ACCUUGAUAUCGGUAUGGGCAUAUCAUUCCAGUGAAACGGGGUACGUAAAUACUACAAAGUAUCGAAUUGAAUUGCAAAGAUGAAGAAGAAAGAUUGGUGUUUGAUGGUAUUUAUGACAUGGUGCUGUAGUGUUGUGGCAUACAAUUUCCAUGAUGGCUUGGAUCACCAUUAUAUCUACACGUCCGAGUCUGAGGUUUUAGGGAAGACGAAUAUUACAAUUGUUUGUCACUUAAGAGUCCACCCAGUCAAUCGGUCAGAAGAUGGCAUCAGACUUAACCGGCUAAAAUUAGACAGCAUCGUCAUCCAUCAGGGAAACGAAUUCCUUAUUCAAAACCCGCGAAAAUGGAAUCUCUCGACAGACUUCCUGUUUACAAUGGGCAGUGACGGUUUGAUCGACUUAGUACAUUACCAUAGGGACGAUGAAAUCGAGGCGGUGUUUUUGAAAAAGGCUAUAGUCAGCAUAUUUUCUGCGAAAUCAAGGACUGCACAUAGCGGAUCAGUUGUAAGCUUUACAAACGUCGAAUCGGAUCACUCAGGUCAGAAAAUUCUAUAA